UCACCCUAUUAUUCGCAUCCAGCUUUCUCGAUCUCCAAACCCUAUUCUCUCUCUCUCUUUCUCAGACGUGCAAUGGCCAGGACGAAGCAGACGGCGCGGAAGUCUACCGGCGGCAAGGCGCCGAGGAAGCAGUUGGCGACGAAGGCGGCAAGGAAGUCGGCCCCCGCGACCGGCGGCGUGAAGAAGCCCCACCGAUUCCGUCCGGGCACGGUGGCGCUGAGGGAGAUCCGCAAGUACCAGAAGAGCACGGAGUUGCUGAUCCGGAAGCUGCCGUUCCAGCGCCUGGUGCGCGAGAUCGCACAGGACUUCAAGACCGAUCUCCGUUUCCAGAGCUCCGCCGUCGCUGCCCUGCAGGAGGCCGCGGAGGCCUACUUGGUCGGACUCUUCGAGGACACCAACCUCUGCGCGAUCCACGCCAAGAGGGUUACCAUCAUGCCCAAGGACAUCCAACUCGCCCGUAGGAUCCGUGGCGAGAGGGCUUAAGAGCCGUUCGAUCUUUGUGUCUGGGAGGGUCGACUUCGUGGUUGAUUUAGUUUUAGCCCUAUGGUGUUUGUUUCGACAUGUGUACGUUGGGGAUAAUAUUAAUGCUAAUCGAUGUAUUGCAGUUUGUCCA